CCAUUUCUAUCAUCGCACUUUUUUUUCUUUCUCAGAAACCCCUUUAUCCUUUUUCUCUUAUUAUCAUCAAAGAUCCAUUCAAUUUUGAAAUCAAAUUCAGAUUCAAAAUCAAAUUUUAGCUUGGAUUUGUACUGUUGGGGUUCAUUGAAAAGAGUGAAAAAAAUGGAUCUUGAAGUGAAUGAGUUUAGUCUCAUUGAUUUCUCAUCGGAAAAUGACAAUCUUAUCGGAAAUUCAUCUUCUCCUCUCCCUUCUUGGGGUCUUGAAGAAUACCCAUCUUCAGGAGCUAUUAAUAUUCAAGAGGAAAUGGACAUGGCUGGUAAAGGUAACCAUGACGAGCAGUUCCCUCAGCUGCAUGAGUCAAAGGAACCUGAGAAGGCCAGACGAAAAGGAAAGGUCAAUUUACGCAAAAGUUUAGCUUGGGAUAGUGCUUUCUUUACAGAUGCAGGUGUGCUUGAUGCCGAUGAGUUGUCCUGCAUGAUUAAGGGAGGUGAUAAACAAACUUUACCUAUGAUUGAGGAGGAUGUGCGACAAUCACUUGAUUCAAUCUCCACGUUGGAAAGUGAUAAUUUGACACUAGAACAUAUUGAAUCGGAGUUAUUUGGAGAUAUAAGAGCCUCAAUCCAGAAGGUGGCCAUUCCAACUAGUGGGGAUUUAUUUGCAAAGACCGAUAAUGGAGCUAAUUCUUCUGCAAAGAAAGUGGAUCUUGCUUCAAAAGAUAGGAUGAAGCCAAAAAUUGCUCCAAAAAGAAUCAUUGGAGCACAAGCUGGGAUACCAAAAAGUCAGCCAAAGCAAAUUACAGGAACACAAAGAUUGGGUAAAGGGUUGAACCAGGAUAAGGCACAAGUCACACAGUCUAUCAGUAGAACGACAAGUGGAGCAUCGUUAAAGCCUCCAAAAGUUAACACAAAGUUGCAACCUGUUUCUGCAUCCAAAAGGGCUUCUUUGGAUAUCACACGAGUCAAAACAGAUAAUGACAGCAUGAAAAUCAGUACAGCUUCUGUUAGAGGGGCUCAGACACCAAAAGCAUCUGCCUUAAAUAAAACUAGUAGGGUGUUGCCCAAACCUACUACGUUGGUGAAGCCAUCUUCUGUGGGAUCUUCACCUGCAAUGAAAAUGCAUGCAACAAGAUCUUCAAGUGAUAGUUCUGGAAGUACUUCAUCUGACAAGACAGCUAAGUCUUCAAUUCCUGUAGCGAGGAGAAAGGUUGAUAGCAAACCUAUUGCUCAACCUUCUGCAAGUGCAAAACUCAAAACCCCUUCAAAAGCCGCGGUGAAGAGUAAACUACCAUCUGGGAAUUCUGCUGUCUCAGCUUAUCUGAUGUCUUCUAAGAUCAACGCAAAUAUAUCGCCUGCUAGUUCUAUUAGUGAGUGGUCUUCUGUAUCAUCAUCAUCUUCUGCGAUCCAAAGGUCAAGCAGGUUAAGGACUAGCUUUGACACCAGCUCCUGCAGAUCUUUUGAUAGUGACACCUCAACUUUGGAUAUAAACAAUCAUUUAAGUGAUCAGAAGUCAGAUAAGCCCGAAAUUAGGGGAACAACUUUACCUAGAGAGAGUUUAAAGCAAGCAGGCUCAGUUUCUCGUCCAGCCUCUAUGAUGAAACCAACAGGAUUGCGCAUGCCAUCCCCGAAGAUGGGUUACUUUGAUGGGGUGAAGGCAGUCCGGACUCCUAAUGGUACUCAUUCCAAUUCGUCUACUGCACUGUACAAGACUGAACCUACCAUCUGUAGCCCAAAAGUAAACUCAAACACUAAAGCUAAGAGUGUAAAAGUUCCACUUAGGGCAAACAGAAAGCCUGAAACUCUGAAACACCUCUCUCCUUUAUCUUCUUCAGACAAGUCAAAUAUUUCAGAUAAUCACUCUGGCACUCAAUCCAGUUCAGCUAGUCCAGUGCCCAAAACUGAAACUAUCGUCUGUAGCCCAAAAGGAAACUCAAACACGAAAGCUAAGAGUGUAAGAGUUCCUCUUAGGGCAAAUAAAAGGCCUGAAACUCUGAAACACCGCUCUCCUGCAUCUUCUUCAGACAAGUCAAAUGUUUCAGAUAAUCACAUUGGUGGUCCAAGUGAUAUUACUCUUAUUCCUGAGUUAUCUCUUGAAGUUCAACAUGCAAUAAGUGGAGCAAAUACUUCGAAAAAUAUGGAUGUUCUGGCUGAAGAACCUGAUCCAUUUGAUCACAUCCGAAGUGCUGGUUGGGUUGCAACUCAAGGUGAAAACCAAGGCAUAGCAAGUGCUUUGAACAAUGAGGAAGAUAUGGCUGAAGGACCUGAUACAGUUGAACAUGUUGCAGAUGCUAGUUUGGUUUCAAGUAUGAGUGAAAACCAAGGAAUAGCAAGUAUAUUGAACAAUGAGGAAGUUGUGGCCGAAGGACCUGAUACAGUUGACCAUGUUGCAGAUGCUAGUUUGGUUGCAGCUAUAUUGAACAAUGAGGAAGUUGUAGCCAAAGGAUCUGAUACAGUUGAGCAUGUUGCAGAUGCUAGUUUGGUUGCGGCUAUAUUGAACAAUGAUGAAGUUGUGGCUGAAGGACCUGAUACAGUUGAACAUGUUGCAGAUGAUAGUUUGGUUGCAGCUAUAUUGAACAAUGAGGAAGUUAUGGCUGAAGGACCUGUUACAGUUGAACAUGUUGCAGAUGAUAGUUUGGGUGCAGCUAUAUUGAACAAUGAGGAAGUUAUAGCCAAAGGAUCUGAUACAGUUGAGCAUGUUGCAGAUGCUAGUUUGGUUGCGGCUAUAUUGAACAAUGAGGAAGUUGUGGCUGAAGGACCUGAUACAGUUGAACAUGUUGCAGAUGAUGGUUUGGUUGCAAUUAAGAGUGAACAGCAAGUCAUUGUUAACAAUGAUAUUCACGAGGAAGUUGUGGCCAAUGAACCUGACACAAUUGAACACGUGGCAUGUGAUGGUUUGGUUGCAAUUAAGACCGAAAAUGAAGUCACUGUGAACAAUGAUACAAAUGUGAUUAACAGUGAACACCAAAGAAUAGAGGAAGUUGUGGCUGAUGAACCUGACACAGUUGAACACGUCGCAGGUGAUGGUUUAUUUGCAAUUAAGAGUGAAAAUCAAGUCAUUGUGAAUAAUGAUACAGAUGUGAUUAUGAGUGAACACCAAAGAAUAGAGGAAGUUGUGGCUGAUGAGCCCGACACAGUUGAACAUGUUGCAGGUGAUGGUUUUGUUGUAAUGAAGAGUGAAAACCAAGUCAGUUUGAACAAUGAUACAGUUAUCAUUAAGAGCGAAAGCCAAAGAGUAGCAAGUACUUUGAACAAUAAGGACUUUGUGGCUGAAGGACCUGAUACAGUUGAAGAUGUUCCAGGUGAUGGUUUGGUUGCAAUUGAGAGUGAAAAUCAUAGUGUUUUGAACAAUGAUAUCCUUGCUGGUUUGGCUGCAACUAAGGGUCAAAAACAAGGUGUUAUGGAGCAUGAAAUGAACUUGGAUACUAUUGAGAAGAUUGACAUCAAGGCUGUUGAGGUUUCUAUUACUGAAAACAUUAGACUCUGUCAAACAGAGGAUGAAGAUGGAGUAGGUGUUCAGUGCAAUGUUAAUUAUAAUUUGGACGUGCCUAGCCAGAUGAAUGAGAUGAACCUGGAGGAUGAUGUAAAUGGUGACCUCAAACAUACCAAGAUUGAUCAUGUUGAGAGAGAAUAUGACUCAACUUUCAGGGGUGAUGAAGGUAGAGUAGAUCUCAAGGAUGAUUUGAAUACUCCUGAGAAAACAAAUGCAAAGAAAAAUGUGUGUGCAAAUCAAGCGGACCAAUUAAACAGUCAGGUAGAAGAAGUCAGCAUGACCCCAUUUAGCAAUAAGGUGGAAUCCCUAAUGAACAAAUUGGCGUAUUUGUCUCUAAAUACCCCUGAGGUAGCAGUUAGAAGGAUGCCCUUUGCUGUUAAGAAUUCUUCCGGUGAUUGUCUUGAUUUUUGUGAAGGAGCUGGACAUGUAGUUGGGAAGAUUGAUUUAGAUUUGCCUUCUUUGCAAAUCGAUCAUAAAGAGAACAACAAUUUAUGAGGAUAGCCAAGCAUGCUUCAUUGCGAGAGAUUUUUAGGCUUCAAGAACAAGGCUAGUUUCCGGGGGUGGCAAAAGCAUCACGUUUGUAUAGCACACAUGAUGAAGGCUUAAGUGAUGCAUGAUUUUUUUUUUCUUUUCGUGUUGAGCUAAGAUCAAGGUUUUUGAGAACAUAUGUCUGUGCAAGCACUGAUUUAUGUAUUACAUGAAUGUAAAA